AUGGAUCGGGGGGGUGUAGAAUUUCCCGACGUGCAGAGGAGGCUUUGGGCAGAGAGUGAAUACAAAAGACGUGACGACAAAAGAGAAAUAAUCAGGGUCGCUUACGUGGUGAGGAUGGCGAGUGCAGACGGGGGUCCAUGGCAGAUAUCUGUCAAUGAUUCGAGGGCCAGAUUCGUCAGGGCCGGGAAGAAUGAGGGAAUUGGAGUUCGUCGCAAAGUGCGAAAGGGCGAGGCUGGCCUGAUUAAGUUCCCGUCUUCUCACAAGUUUCUCUCUUGUUGUCCCUUCCUCUCCUUCUCUUUUGACGGUCACUGCCCAUCCGCCUACCUCAGAGAGGUACUUACGGAAGCUAGGUCAGAUAAUAGGCAGGAAUCCCACACUAGCCGGGGCAUGCCCACCGCGCCGUUUUUCGACAUGACAGUUCAGGUUAUCAAUCAGCUCAACCAAAUGGAACCCCCAAACACCUCACGGCCAAACCAUCAACACCAGCAACACGGUGGCGCUUUGUUGCGCACAUCUUGGAAUACCGCAAGCAAGAUAUCGAGGUUGGCCUUGACCUCACCCGACGGCCGCAGCCCGCACGCAAUUCGCCGCCACGGUGCCGACAUCUUCACUCGCGCCAGACGGUUGCCAUGUGGUGCAAGACGGUUAUUCCUGGUUUCGUCAAGGUACCAAAGGCAGGCAUCCAAGGAGAAGCAAGAGCCCUCCCACGCUCUCCCGUCGGCGCCCACCCAUGUGCGCCCGUCAGAUGCUCGAGAGACAGCCUCUGAGUGGUCCAUGUGGGGGACCAACCAGAUAAGACGCACUGCAACCAUCAAAGUCUUACCAACCCAAUGGAAGACGCAGAUAUCCUCCAUGUUUGCUGCUGCCGUUGGGUACGGACCGUACGGAGUACAUGCCUCCCGUGAGAGCAUGGAACGAACGGCUGCGGGCGCUGUUGAGCAGGGUACAUACCUACUAGCUACCACGCACCUCAUGACGCUGCAUGGCGGGUGCUUGUUAGGUAAUUGUUUGGAUCAGGAACCCGCGCACGAGAUACCUUUGUGCCCGCACUCGUCAAGAUGGUAUUGCCGCCGACUUUCGGCCAUGCAGAUUGAGAUGACUCUUUCCCUUGGUACGGAGCCAUUGGACAAUGAGACAUCAGUAUUGCGACGAUGCAUCGCCCCGCCAUCCGUGCUGGUGCACAGCAGACCGGAACAUGGAUGUGUACAUCGACCGACCGCCUCGAGCUGCCGACGUCACCUCCUGCCACACCUGCUUGCUGCUUUCACAAAGUCAAAGAACGAUGAAUCUAAACCCGACUUGACCUUAUCUCCCGAGCAUGCCAUUGGUCUCCCGUCUACCAUGGCGACUGGCUUCCUUGCGGAAACGCCAUCCGAUCCCGACCUUUAUUCGAACCCAAACCCUGCUUUGGUCCCUGACCCCAUGUGCCUUAUCAACGAUCCAACGCCUCUACCGGCGGAUAACGGAUGA